AUGGACGUUGUGUGGCUAAGAGACCCUUUCCAAAGGCUAAUUAGCAAAAACGAAACCGAGGAUUUACAAAUAAGCAGCGAUCUAUACUUGGGGAAUCCAUGGGAUGAGAAGCAUCUUAUCAACACAGGAUUCUACCACGUCAGAUCAAACAACAAAACCAUUGCGUUGUUCCAUAAAUGGUACUCCCUCAAAGACAAUUCCACGGGACAAAAGGAGCAAGAUGUCUUAUUGGGCCUAAUAAGAGGCGGUGUAAUUGGGCAAUUGGGCCUUAAGGUGAGGUUCUUGGACACCAAAUUCUUUAGUGGGUUUUGCCAAGACAGCCACGACUUCAGGGCAGUGACUACGGUGCAUGCUAAUUGUUGCCGAAGUGUCAAUGCUAAGGUCACUGAUCUGAGGGUUGUGCUCCGGGAUUGGAAGAG